UGGAUUGUGGCUUCAAAAUGGAGGUUUCUCCAAACCCUAAUCCCUCAGCGGACUCUGAACCACUGGCAGUGCCGCCUCUGGACCCGGACUUCUUCUCUGAUAACAGCAACGACGCUGCCCUGCACGAAACCUUCAUGUCUGAUCUAGGUUUAGACGGCGUCGACUUCGAUUUCACCUUCGACGACCUCUACUUCCCAUCUGAAUCCGAAGAUUUUCUUGCCGAUUUUCCUUUGCCCGAGGAAGGUUCUGGUGAUCAUGAUUCUGCAGAUCGGAGCUUUGAUGUUUCUAAGGUUUUGAAUUCUCCUUCGCCGGAAUCGGGGAAUUGUGGCGUUGAGAGUUCUCUGCCGUGUCAGGUUUCCGGAGACCGGAAUUCCGGUGUUUCUUCUAUUGAGUUGGGCUGUUGUGAUCAGAAGCUUUCUCCGCCGGUGGCAUCUCAGAGUUCCAGCGAUCAGAAUUUGGAUGGUGCUAGGGUUUUGAAUGUUCCGUCGCCGGAGUCUGGAAGCUGCGAUCGGGGGUUUUCGGGACCGGAAUCGUCUCAGGGUUCCGGAAACGGUGGAUCUGGGGUUCCGGGGGCAGUGAAUUCCCCGUUGUUGGAUUCUGGUAAUUCCGAUCAUUCUAGUUGGGUUCCAUCUUCGCCCAAUUUGGCCGAUAAUUCGUGGGGUGUUGUUGAUCAGAAAGUUAAAUUGGAAGAUUCUGGGAAAAAUUCUGUGCCCAAGAGGAAAAAAGAACAGGAUGACUCAACAACUGAAUCAAGGAGCAGCAAAUUUCGGAGAUCGUCCAUAUGCAGCGAAACCGCCAAUGCAUCGAACGACGAAGAGGAGAAAAAGAAGGCAAGAUUGAUGAGGAAUCGUGAGAGCGCCCAGCUUUCUAGGCAGAGAAAGAAGCAUUAUGUAGAGGAGCUUGAGGAAAAGAUAAGAUCAAUGCAUUCAACAAUUCAAGAUUUGACUGGUAAGAUUUCAAUUAUAAUGGCUGAAAAUGCAAAUCUUAGGCAACAAUUCGGUGGUGGUGGCAUGUGCCCACCACCACAUGCCGGCAUGUACCCUCAUCCUUCAAUGGCACCCAUGGCUUAUCCGUGGGUACCUUGUGCACCAUAUGUAGUGAAGCCGCAAGGGUCUCAAGUACCAUUGGUUCCAAUACCUAGAUUGAAACCACAGGCUCCUGUCUCGGCCCCCAAGGUUAAGAAAUCGGAGAAUAAGAAGAAUGAGGUUCCCUUGGUUCCAAAACCACAGCAGCCUGUGGCGGCUCCAAAUGUUAAGAAGACAGAGAAUAAGAAGAAUGAGACUAAAAGUAAGAAGGUUGUCAGUGUUAGUUUGCUUGGCAUGCUGUCUUUUAUGUUCCUUAUGGGAUGUCUGGUACCCUUUGUCAACAUCAAAUAUGGAGGAAUUAAGGAAACUGUUCCUGGUAGAUCUGAUUAUAUUAGCAAUAGGUUUUCUGAUAUGCACCGCAGGAGGAUUUUGACAGUUAAGGACGAUUUGAAUGGAUCAAAUUGUGGCAUGGGAGUGGGAUUUGAUGAUAGAAUUCAUAGUGAGAGAGGCCGAGGUGGAGGGUCUGGGUCAGAAGUUAAGCAGAAAGGAGGAGGAUCAAAGCCAUUACCUGGUUCAGAUGGGUACGCUCAUUCACGUAAUGCUAGUGAGCCUCUUGUUGCUUCACUUUAUGUACCUAGAAAUGAUAAGCUUGUGAAGAUUGAUGGCAACUUGAUAAUUCAUUCUGUUCUGGCCAGUGAGAAAGCUAUGGCAUCUCAUGCAGCUCUUGCUAAGAAGAGUCCUAAACCUUCUGUUUCUUUGGCUAAUGAUGUUAGAGAGACUGGUCUAGCAAUUGCUGGAAAUUUGGCUACAGCAUUCCCUGUUUCUGAAGUUGGAAGGAAUAAAGGGAGACAUCCUCACCUGUUCAGAAACCCGGCUGAACAACAUAAGGCUCUUGCAUCUGGUUCUUCAGAUACUUUAAAAGAAAAUUUGCAGCCCACGUCAACCGAUGGUAAACUGCAACAGUGGUUCCGUGAAGGCCUUGCAGGGCCCAUGUUGAGCUCUGGCAUGUGCACCGAAGUUUUCCAGUUUGAUGUCUCACCAGCUCCUGGAGCUAUAGUACCAGUCUCCUCAGUGGCCAACAUCUCUGCAGAAAACCAGCAGAAUGCUACUCACCUAAACAAGGGAAGGAAUAGAAGGAUCCUCCACGGUCUUCCCAUACCCCUUGCUGGAUCCCCCCACAACAUUACUGAAGAAGGCAUGGGAAGAAAUUCACAGAAAGACAACUUUCAAGGCAGUAAUAAAAAUGUCUCUUCUAUGGUUGUUUCUGUUCUUUUUGAUCCCAGGGAGGCUGGCGACAGUGAUGGUGAUGGCAUGAUGGGUCCCAAAUCCCUCUCGAGAAUAUUUGUUGUUGUGCUUCUAGAUAGCGUCAAGUAUGUAACGUACUCAUGUGGACUUCCGCUGAAGGCGUCUGCUCCUCAUCUGGUGACUAAAUGAGGGUGGGAAAAGGAUUUUUGAAGUACUGAUAUCUCAUCUCAGGGGCCUGUUUUUUGCACACAGUUGAAGAAAAAAAUAAUUAGUAGCAGCUGUUUAACGGUAUGUUUAAGAGUCCUUGGGUACUCUGAAUUUCCCUAACCAAACUAAAUAUAAACUUUUUCUUGUAAACCUCAUCCUUGUUUGUCCCCCCGAAUCCUUCUAAGUGUGCCUAAAGUUUCUUAUCCAGGAAACACUGAAAUGUUAUAUCUUGGAGAAUCAUAGCCCACCAUACCAUUUCAGGGUGGCAAAGCCAGAGGUCAACCACCAUACAUAUUUGGCAGUGUAUAGCAGUAGCCCUUAAAAGAAAUAAGAUAGUUUAUUUAGCAAGUGGUGGAUUUAUUC